UAACUUUGGGAAACAUAGGAAGAGGCAGCAAAGGGAACAAACUUUUCUCUCUUGGCUACGUCCUUUUGGACUUUUUCACAUUUCAUCAAAGACGUCAGUGUUGACAGAGCGGACACAAGGGAUGAUAAUUUGUUUGCUUUACUAGUUAAAGAAUUAUUUCUCUGUUUUCAUGACAAACAGAAGAUAUGUCGUUUGUUGUUCUUUGCAUUUUUAUCUGAUUAUUGCUUCAAUGUCUGAGCACUGAAGAAGGCGUGACCACACAUCUGAAAUCCCUCCAAACUUAGCUGCAGCUCUCUCCAGCUCAUGGGAGUGUGAAGCUGGACUGAAACACACACACACACACACACAUACAUAUACACACACCUGUUGUUGCUGAGGAUUCCCCGGGAGCGCAGUCAUGGGCAUCUGCGUCACUGUUGCUUGAGGGAAUCUGUGCGUCCGUGCAGCUGUUAUCUGGUGGUGGCCUCGCUGAAUGUUACAGUAGAAGCUGACCUGCCAGUCCAGAGAAGAGGGGGGAGAUGUCAUCCUACUACCCGCGCACCAAGGACCUGACUCGCACCAGGAAGUCAGUGACAGAGUCACCGCCGUCCUCUCCGUCCCCUACAGACAAAAACUACAGACAUGACAGAUUGUCAAGAUAUGACUCCAGUGGGGAGAGUGCAACAGACAAACCACUGGGCCGCACCAGCUCAUACACUCGGAGAGAGACAAGGCUGGCAGCUCUGAGCAGACAAGAGCAAGACUCCAGUACCAAAGACUAUAAGAAGAUGUAUGCAGAGGCUUUGCAUGAGAAUGAGAAACUUAAGUCCAGGUUGCAGGACAGCAAACAUGAACUGGUGAAAAUUCGUUCCCAGCUGGAGAAAGUCACUCAGCGGCAUGACAGAAUAUCAGAGAGAUCUACAGUACUUGAAUCGGAGAAAAGGGAAAAACAAGCUCUUGAGAAAAGAGUGUCAAACAUGGAGGAUGAGUUAAAGAUCUUAACAGAGCUAAAGUCAGACAACCAGAGGCUAAAGGAUGAGAACGGGGCUCUCAUUCGAGUCAUCAGCAAACUGUCCAAAUGAAAAGAUGUCUGAAGCUCCUGUUCUGUGUCUGUGGACGCUCCAACCCUGAUACGGCAGUUUAAUUAUCCACGACGUCCCGAGAUGUGACUCCUCUCUGAGUUAUGGUGAUGGCUGAUUUGCAGAAAUAAAAUUCCUGCUGGGACUUUUGAAGAUCCAAAGAGAAGUAUUAAGGAGUUUGAGUCAAAUUUCACUGUGUGUUAUGAUGGAGUUACAAUUGUUUGUUAGUUAUUAUUAUUAUUUUGUAGCAUCAAGUAUUUCACAUUAAUCAAAUAGGGACCAGUUGUACUGUUUUGAAUGACCUUUUAAGGCCCAGUUCAAACAGAUCCAGGGGUUUGCAUGAAGACUCUGUUUCUAAUAUUAUACCCACUCUUCACGUCACGUUUGUUGCUACAUGGAGCACUGCAGAAAAGUAUUUUAAUGUUGUCUUAAUUGUUAAAGAAAGAAAGGGCCACAGAGUGGCAUGGAGAUAUGUUAUUAUUAAAAAUAAGGUUUGAAUUAAAUUAAAAUAUAUAGUGACACAGGUAAAAUAAGACCCAGCCAAACGACAAACAGGCACAAUGGUUCCAAAAGCAAAAACUAAAUAUUUGUAUGAAUUAGGGUUAUGUGAUGUUAUUUGAUACCUUUAAGGUACUGACCAAAGUAACCCAGUACUAAGAAGUAUUGAAAUGUUUCCAGUCAAACAAUAUCUGCAUUUGAUCCUUAUUUGCAUCUCGGACUCCCUGCUGGAUCAGCAGACUUUCGGUUGCUGCCGACUCCAGAGCUGCUCUCCUGCCGGCGAAUGAUAAGUUUCGCUUCUGCCCGGUUAGCACGAGCUAACACAGCAGCAGCUUACAACCAAUAACAAGCCGUUUAACGCUCCCAAAAACUAACUGCAACACCAAAAUGGCCCGACUCUGUCGUUAUACCUGUUUAUCAUGAGGUAACAAUAGCUGUGACGAUAACAGUUAACCCUGUUAACUCUGGACCCCCCCGGCAGCUACAACCAAUUCAGUCUAUGGCGUGAAGAGAUGCCACCAAAACAUUCAAAAGUAUGGCGAUACAACAUGCCUCUCCACUUACAUUAUGGCAUUGAAUGAAGUUCCCUGCUGGUAUCAGUAUCACUUUAAGGUUACUGGGUAUUGGGUCUCUGGCUUCUCUCAUACAUUUUUAUAAGAGAUGUUGCACUAAAAAGGAAUUAUUUUGAACAUUUUUACUCCACGAUAAAGAAAGAUAUAAAAGAUAUUAAGGUUAAAUAAGAGGCAUGUUUCGCUUUGUGUUUGCGUUGAUUGACAACAUUCUCAGGUUGGUCUCUCAGCUGUGCCUGCUCACCGCCCUCACUGCUUCUUUAGUUUUAACUUUAUAACUCCAAGCUCUGUAAACUUCCCUUUAGCAAACCUGCAACUGGUGAAAUACAUUUUUCUUGACAUCUGGAAAAUGAAAUUUUAUGAUAAUGUCCCCACUGCAUUAAGUAUUCGAAGGGGGCCGUAUGCUAGCCCUGAAAGGAAGAGUACUGAGUAUGUGCACUUUGUACAGAGCGGUCAGUGCUGAUCUUUCAUCACUAGCAGCACUUUAUUAUCUCCAGACUGGUUUCAGUUUCUAUGAUAACAUAAUUUAGUAUUUGCCAGAUUCUGUUCUUUGUAUGGCUUCGGUAGCCUUUCAUCUUUCAUGAGUGUCCUUUUAUAGAGCAUUUGUUUUGUUUUUUAUCUAAUGGCUUCAACAAAGCAGAAUGGCUACACAGAGCAGACAGUCCGAGGAUGUGUCAAAGAAAGUGUCCUAUGUUCUGUAAUAGAGAUAUAUUUAUUUAUUUAUGUAUUUCUUAGUUCUAAUCUUUAUACUUUGUUUACUCACAUUACUUUGAAAAGAAUACAUAAAUUAUUUUUUGGGUGUCUUGGCCAUAUUUCUGUUCGGUGAUGAAGAGAUAAACGCCAAAAUCAUUCACUGGUAGACGUGCUGGAUAUCAUUUUGGCCCCCACGACAUUGUGUGGCCUUAAAGGGACGAUUCAGCCCCAAAUCACCUUGCACCACUGAGCUAGCUCAUGCUACAGCUCAGCUGAUGAGGACGACAGAGUUUUUAGAAAUAAACUCCAGCUAGCACUUUUCAUUAUAUUGUAUGUGUAGAUAACAUAAAAUGUAACACAACUGUCUUGUGUGCAUUAUACUGUCACAAUAAAUUAGGUCAAAAUAACUAUUGCCUUAGUACACUCAGUUGCCAGUGUAUUAGGUACACCUGGCUAUUUCUAAUCGAAUCCAGUUCUACAGCCUGCAAACAACUUUAUGACGAUUAUCAGCCUUUGUUCCAGUCCUUUUGGAGGUCAUAUUUUUAUUGCAUUAUAUUGUAACGUUCUUCAUUUUUUGGGGUCUAUAAAAUGUUUAAAUAAAUUAGAAAAGUUGCUACUACUUAACAUAAGAAAUACAAAUAAAACCAUGCAAAAGGCUGCGGCCUUGUAGUGGUUCUUAAAGGGGCUCAUGGUGUGCUGUCACCCUCAGUAUAUGCAGCUCAGUUGCCAGAGAAAAAUGAUGGUAUUGUAUGUUGCUGCUGCUGUGUGACAUUUUUACCUUUUUAAAAAAAUGCAUCAUUUAAACCUUUCUGAACUGCAUCUAACGUAUAAGUUGACUUUUUCAUCAGGAGGUGGAAGGGAUGGUGGAUGGUGUGACAUCUUGGCAAGAUGUCUGCCAAGCUACAGGCCACUGUUUGAGACAAACAAGCAGCAAAAGUGGUUGUGAUGAAGUGAAUCAAUGCCGUGUUUACAGCAGCUUUUUUACCAACAUGUUGCUGCUUUUCCUGCCAGAAUCCAAACAGGGUAUUUUAAGCCAAAGGAAUGAUCUUUUCCUAAUUAUAGUCAAGUGUUUUUGUACCUAAUCACACAGUGUUGAAACAUGAAGUUAUAAGGCAAACCCUACACAAUAACAUGCAAAUGUAAUGUACGCAUGGUUUGCAGAAAUGUACAAUGCCAACAUUUUUUUGCUGUUGAUCAGGUAACUAUACUACAAAAAGAAAAUAGUGAAGGCAGAUAGAGUCAUCCCUGGGUCAAAACAUUUUUGUCAUUUAUGUAUCUUAUCAUACUUAAUAUAGACUCAGCUUCACAUUUUCAUUAAUAUUCCUGUAGCUGUGGUGUGAUAAAUGAUGUGCCCGAGACAUGAAUAAUUUUGGUAUCUGUCGUCCCAUCACUUUAAUGGAUGAUUUGACCAAAGCGUUGUAUGAUGUAUUUCUUUAACAAUAUGACGGUUUUGGAGUCCAAGCGGGGCAGCGUGCUGUGACACCAGUGUUAUCUUUGGUCACAUUUACUCAAAACUACAGAGCUGUUUUUACAUUUGCUGUAGAUAUAAUGAACUCUGUAGAAUAUUGUAUUGAUGAUAAUGUUUGUAAUGUGCUGAUGAUAGCUUAAUGUACACACAUGGGUUAACUCACUUUGCUUAAUAAACUGUAAAGGAAUGGAA